GAAACAUACAAACACACACAGGCAAUAGCAAACAGGAAAGCCAAAUAUCAAACGUCCUAGAAGUGCUUGAAGUUCAGAGCUAGAGAGAACGCCUGUGUCUUUAUUGUGUUAUAAAUGAAAAGGUGAAUAUGUGCGCAGGUAUGGUGCGUAUGUGCGUGUAUUUGUCUCUGGUGUUGUUGUUGGGCUUUAGUCUCUGGGAACCAGCGGACGGAAGACGAACUCGAGCCAAGCCAAAACCAAAACCAAAACCAGAUAAAAAGCUCAUUGAGGAGUUUGCUCCAGCUCAGAACGUUGAUAUCAGUAAGAUGAGUGGACAGUGGUACUUGCUAAGUGUGGCGUCGAGAUGUAAGUACCUUUUAGAGCACGGUUAUAAGGUGGAGGGCACCGUCAUAACUCUGACUGCACCCGUCUCGCCCAAAGCCCCAAUCAAAGUGAGCACCUUCACCAAACACAAUUUUCAGUGUUGGGAGAUCAAACAGCAGUACGAGACCACAAAGAAUGUGGGCCAACUCCUACUGAAAGGAAAAAUACAAGCGGCGAACUCGGAGAUCCUCAUUGUAGACACAGACUACAACUCCUAUGCCAUUUUACUCUACAAGAGGAUGAAAAACCGUACCCUGAAACUCUAUGGACGCACCCCAGAGAUCGCCGAAGCGAUCGUGGAUAAAUUUGAGGACAUAGCGAGGAAACAGGACCUGGGCCUGGAUGUUGUUUUCCAGUUUCCCACGUACGGGUUUUGUCAGUCUGCGGACGAGGAGCACACGCUCGUAAUGACCUGAGCAGAACGGUCUUUCUGAGAGAGGUCUGUGGAGAUGACGGCUUCAUCUAUAACCAUGAGGAAAAAAUCUCAGACAUGUGGUUGAAAUAAUAAAGAUGAUCAAACUCA